GAGUUUCCGGGCGUGGGCCUGGUGCGACGGUCUUUUCAUUCUCGUGAAAUCCUCGCACGUGUUGGCUGCAAGAGCGGCCGUUUCCUUCAGCCACGGCGGCCUCAAAAUCGAACACCGCGGUCCCACUGUUAAAAACCUGGGCUGCGCAAUCGUCCCAGAAAGACGUUAUGAGCAAUUUUCAGGAAAUAUGUGUCGCCCGCACCGACGGUGACCUGCCGCUGGUGAAGUUCAAGUCUACAAAAACUGGCAUGACUGUGUGUGUGUCCGAAUUCGAUGGGCCGCUCAUUAGCGGCUACCUUUGCGUUGCAACCGAAGCUCAAGAUGAUGACGGCCUGCCUCAUACCUUAGAACAUCUUAUUUUCAUGGGCAGCGAAGAUUACCCUUACAAGGGAAUCUUGGACCAGCUGGCGAACCGGUGCCUGGCGUCUGGCACCAAUGCCUGGACGGACACAGAUCACACGUGUUACACUAUGACCACUGCUGGCUCCAAGGGGUUCGUCAACCUGUUGCCAAUCUAUUUGGACCACAUUCUUUACCCCUUGCUCACGGAGGCAGCCUUCAUCACCGAGGUCCAUCAUGUGAAUGGAGAAGGGGAGGAUGCUGGUGUGGUCUACUGCGAGAUGCAGGCACGUGAGAACACGGGCGAAAGCUUGUGCAUGUUGCACCUGUUGCGUACGCUCUACCCAGCUCCCUGUGGCUACCGCUAUGAGACUGGAGGCCUCAUGCGCAAUCUUCGUGAGAGCACUGACAAUCAAAAGGUCAGAGCAUACCACAAGAGCUUCUACCGUCCUGAGAAUCUGUGUGUGAUUGUAGCUGGCAGCAUAUCGCCCAAAGAAGUACUCAAGGCUCUGGAGCCAAUUGAAAAGAAAAUCAUUGCCAAGGGCCAGAGAAAGCCAUUUACCCGGCCAUGGCAGAAAACAGUGCCACCCAUCACCGGUCCUUUGGAGUCAACGGUACCGUACCCAUGUGACGAUGAUGACCAUGGCCUUGUCUAUGUAGCUUUCAGAGGGCCUCCACUGAAAGUUUUUGAAGACAUUGCUGCAUUGUUGGUUAUGCAAGACUACCUUACAGACACGUCAGUCUCUCCUCUACAGAAGUUGUUUGUUGAGACAGAAGAUCCAUACUGCAGCAUGGUAAAAUCAAGUUUUAUUGAAAACAGAGACACCUGCUUCUAUUUCACCUUUGAGAAUGUGUCCAAAGGAAAACUUAAAACAGUCAAAAGCAUUUUGAUCAAGGCUUUGACUGAUAUUGCCAAUGGCACCAUGCCUCUGGAUAUGGAUAGAAUGGCUGUUGUAAUUCAGAGGCGACGUCUACGGAUACUGAAUCAGAUCGAAUCCGCACCACAUGAAAGUAUUGCAAACACUGUCAUUGUCGACUUCCUUUACGGAAAUACACCUGAAGAUCUGCGGAACAGGUUGAACCAGAUUCCCAUAUUCAUGAGCUUGCUGAAGCGAGAUAAGGAGUUCUGGGUGCAGUUGCUGAAAAAGUACUUGGUUGACAACAAGGCCAUCUGUGUGAUUGGGGAGCCUAGCCCAAGUUUGCUGAAGAAAAUGACUGAAGCCGAGAACCAGAGGAUUGAGCAUCAGCGAGAAGCUCUUGGUGAGGAUGGCCUCCAGAAGCGAGCAGAAGCAUUAGAAAAAGCCAUCGAGGCUAAUGAGAAAGAGCCACCAAAAGACAUGAUCUUGGCUGUGCAAGUCCCUCCAGUGUCGACCAUCCGCUUCCACAGUCUGGUGCGUGUUUGCAAUGCUCAUAACGACAAGGGCAUUAUGUCGUUCAACUUUCAAGGAAUUCCUUUCCGCUUUGAAGUGGACCAUCUCAAGACCAACUUUGUCUCGCUGACUGUCAUGCUCAACACUAAUGGUAUCUCCCAGGACCUUCGUAUGUACAUUCCACUUUAUCUAGAGCUGCUUCACGAGUCACCAGUCAUCACAAAAACAGGACGCAUGAACCACAACGAGGUCAUCAACCAACUGGAAGCAGACACCAUUCACAUUUUCACUGGGUUGGGCCUUGAGUGCAGUACACGCUUCUUUGCUGGCUCACAUGCCCAGUACGCCUCCCUCUACCUUUUGCUAGACCGUGAGAAGUAUUUCCGAGGUGUGCAGUGGGUGCAUGACUUGCUGACAGGUAUAGAUUUUGAGGCAGAACGGAUCCAAGUUGUUGCCAACAAGAUGGUCAAGGAUGUGGUCAAGAAGAAGCGAUCGGGAAUAAAGAUAACUGGAACACUCAUAAGGAUACUUACCUUUCGGCCGGAAAGUAAUAAUACCGCUGGCAGUAUGCUGCGCCAGCAGACCUUCUUGCAUGAAGUGCUGCAACAGCUGAAAGCAGAUCCAACCAAGGUGAUAAAAAACCUGACAGAGGUUAAAGAGUUCUUGACACGGCCCGAGAAUGUGACUGUGCACAUGGCUGCGAACAUUGAAAAGCUGUCACUGCAUGGUGAUCUGGGAACACCUUGGAAAACCUGCCUCACCCGACAGCCAAAGCCCCCAUCUCCUAUAAAGUGUGUUGCGCAGGUGUCGUGCCAUAGCCUGCUGGUUCGUAGCAACGAGCAAAGCCUCCCAAGGGAUGUGAUCACAUCUGUGGGCUCUGUAGAGUCUGCCUUCCUGACCCAGUGCUCACCGAGCCUCAGCUCCUAUACAAGUCCAGACCUGCCUCCAUUGCUGGUGCUCAUCCAGUAUCUUGUACAGUUGGAGGGUCCCAUGUGGCGGCAAAUUCGAGGCCAGGGCUUGUCCUACAACUAUGACCUUCUGAUAAGACCCUGCGAUGGCCUGCUCUACUUUGUUCUGACGAAGUCUACAUUGGUGGCAUCCGCAUAUCGCGAGGCAAUGCAGAUUGUACAGCGACACAUUGCAGGCGAGGAGGAGUGGGAUGAAGAGUUGCUGGAAGCAAGCCGCAGUAGCCUCAUGUUUGAACUUAUUGAGAAGGAGAAGUAUGUCAAUGAGGUUGCCCUCCAGUCCAUGCUGUCCUACCUCCGUGGCAUUGACAUGAGCUACACCAGGACCUUGCUGGAAAAGGUGGCACAAGUGAAUCUACCAGACAUGGUUCGUGUAGGAAAAAAGUACCUGUCCACCCUUUUUGACCCAGCCGCGUCCAAGCUGGUCAUUUGCUGUCACCCAUCCAAAGUCGAUGAUACAGUUGCUGCUUUCAAAGAGUUCGGGAGAAACCUCACAGUUAUUACAUCUCUGGACGAUAGCAUUUUUGCCAAGUACUAAAAAUAUGGCCGUUCAUCUAAAAGUAGAAGCACGAAAGAACCCAAGGCUGAGGACCUGAACAAGCCACACGUUCAUGUCUAAGUAAUGGACUAUGCUUGUUUGUUGAUUUUCACUACCCUUGUCAUCUGCACUGACUUUUUUUAAUAAAGCCUGUAAAAUUGUUUCUAUAACUUUCCUAAAUGCCUGAACUGCAUAUUCCAUGUAAGUAAACCUAAAAUGUCCCUGAACAAUUGUUUCAGUGUUUCUGAAUAAAGGAGCUCUGCAACACUUUUUGAACAUGCAAAAUGUUGUUGCUAAUCUA